CCAGCAGCGGCUCAUCGGGCUCAUUCGCUUUCACGGCGUCGUCUGCACAGCUAGCGCCGGCAGCAGCCGUGACAACACAGUCGGGGACCGCUGUAGCUUUUGACACCCGAUCCCUAUACACGUCAUAGGCGGUCAUAAGCCUCGCUGUCUCAAACCGCAGACGAGGCACUUUCUUCACGAUGGAGAACGCCGACGGAUUUGUCGACAUGGCGGACAUCCUUGACGAAUUGGAAGAACAGGAGUCCACCAAAAAGGUUAAAAGUGCUCCUUUGAAAGAAGCGCCGAAGGCAGCGACUGGCUCAUCGGCCGCGAGUAGGCUGUCUGCGAACGGUUCGACCGAAGGGGCGACCCACCCGCACUUCGUGCUGAAGACCGAGCUGGUGGUGAAGCUGCAGAUGGAGUACCCGGACAAGUUCGUCAAGGAAAGGCUCGGAGGCUACGAGUUCAAGACGAAGAGCACGUUGCUCCGGGCGCUGCUGCACCGCACGUACAAGCAGAGCAAGCGUCCCAACAACAAGACGUUCUGCGACCCGCUCGACUACGUGGGCGACUACGUGCUCAAGUUCAUCAUCUCGCAGUACCUGCUCGAGCACUGCGCCGUCAAGACCAAGGAGCAGCUGGCGCAGAGGCGCGCCCUGGUGGAGUGCCAGGAGGUGUACGCGCUGCUCGCGGUGCGCAACGGGUUCCACGAGGCCGUGUUCAUCGACGACCGCCGGGACUGGGAGCACCUCAACGAGUACAUCAAGAACGUCAAGGACGUUCAGACCCUGAAGCAGCUGAGCAGCGUGGAGAAGCGACGCUGCUUCAUCCAGAACUUCUUCCAGUCCGUGGCCGGCGCCGUGUACGUGGACAGCGGCUACGACCUGCGCGCCGUGGAGCGCGUGUUCCUGCCCAUGCUCAAGCCGUUCCUCGACGAAGUGGUCGACAUGGAGCUCGGUGACUGAGAGCGCCCUAGUCAUCGUCUUUCCCUGUAGUAACAUGGCAUCCGAGAUCCAAUGGCGUGUGCCACCGGAUCUCGAAGGCCACGCUUACACUUUUUACUACCUCUUCGGGCGAUCUCACACUAUACGCCGUGUCGCCGACGGAUUACGUGUACAAAAGGCCAAGGGGUGUGCUAUACAGGCUCGUAUUCCCGGUCGAUCGCAGCAGUAUCCCUGUGGGGUUAAUUUCAUUAGUGCUGCAGCUAUUGAUUACCCUGAAGCUUUAGAUUUACUGACCCUGAAGAAGAUCGGAACACAUAAAGCGAGUCAGCUUCCGAGGGACCACAGGUAGUGAAAAGGAAAGCAGGCAGAUGUAGCUGACGCAAUGUAUGUGGUCCAUCGUCACUUGGCGCCUUCUGCAAGUUCUUUCGGGGCUACAUCGCAACUUGAUCUUCCGGCCGGCAUUCGCCUUUUGAUUUUUAAGAGGGAAAUCGACGUCGCUGCUUUUUGAAACUGAUCUGCCAGGAAUACGCACGGCCUCGUCCCAGUACGCUCCGGCAACUUGAAAUAUUCACGCGACGCCUGAGCGACCCGUUUUCCUUGCAUUUGAAUUGUGUUUUGUGUGCUUGAAGUUGUUCUCGCGUAUGCAUUUCUUACUUUUUAAGCACUGUGAUCAUACGUGGAAGAAGAUCAGGCGUUGUUACUCGUAAUGUGGGCUACGACCUUGAUCUGCUAACCGAAGGUGGAUCUACUUCAGCAGUGAUGCAUCCGUCUGACGCGUGUGCAUGUCAAGUUCAAGACUCUUGCGCUUGUGUCGCAGAAAAAAAAUAAAACUGACGUUCGUGUUCUUUUUUUUU